AUGGUGUCGACUCCAGAAUUGAAAAGGUAUAUGGAUAAAAAAGUAGUGCUCCAGAUCAACGGAUCGAGGAAAGUGGCCGGUACGAUGCGCGGUUUCGAUCUCUUCUUGAACGUCGUCCUCGAUGAUGCCGUCGAACUGCUUCAAGAGGAGGGGAAAACUUCGCCUCUUGGGUCACCCACUGUCAUCAGAGGUAACUCGAUCGUGUCUAUCGAGUCUUUAGAGACGGUGGUAUAG